UCUCUCUCUCUGUCUCUCUCUCUCUCCCCUCUCUCUCUCCUCACCCACACGUCUCAGGUGUGUUGUCAGAGUGUCUGGAUGUCGUUCAGCACAUUUAUCACCACCAUCAUCUGGACGAACGAGCAGCAGCCCGACAACCCGCCAACCUGUGUGUUGUCAGAGUGUCUGGAUGUCGUUCAGCACAUUUAUCACCACCAUCAUCUGGACGAACGAGCAGCAGCCCGACAACCCGCCAACCUCUGGACGUGACGAUGGAGGGCUCAGACUAUGACUAUGACAGCUUGCUCAACCAAUCAGAUUUCGACUAUAACGGGACUGAUUAUUCAUAUGGCAAUGAACCGUGCUCUCACCAGACCAACCAUUGGGUGGAGCGUGUGAUUGUUCCAUACAUCCACUCCAUCAUCUGCAUCCUGGGCCUCGUGGGGAACAUCCUGGUGAUCGUCACCUACGCCUUCUACAAGAGGACCAAGUCCAUGACGGACAUCUACCUGCUGAACGUGGCCGUCGCCGACCUGCUGUUCGUGGCGUCGCUGCCUCUGAUUGUCUACAGCGAGCUGUCGCCGUGGUCCCUGGGGCCCGUGGCGUGCAAGCUGCUGCGCGGCUCCUACAGCGUCAACCUGUACAGCGGCAUGCUGCUGCUCGCCUGCAUCAGCACCGACCGCUACAUCGCCAUCGUCCAGGCGCGCCGCAGCUUCAGACUGCGCUCGCUGCGGUACAGCCGCCUCAUCUGCGCCACCGUCUGGGUCGCCGCCUUCCUGCUGUCCGUCCCGUCCUUCUACUUUUACACCUCGUACGAGCCAUCCCACAGCAGGUACACCUUCCUGUUAGAGGAGGACCCGAUCCAGAACCUCGAGCCGCCUCACUACGUCUGUGAGUUCAAGUUCCUGGACACUGCCACGGCGUGGAAGACCAAGGUGGCGGUCCCCAGCACGCAGCUCGCCGUGGGCUUCUUCCUGCCGCUGCUCGUCAUGCUCUUCUGCUACACCGCCGUCAUCGUCACGCUGCUCAAGGCCAAAAACUUCCAGCGGCACAAGGCGGUGCGGGUGGUGAUGGUGGUGGUGGUGGUGUUCGUCACGUGUCAUCUCCCGUACAACGUCACGCUGCUCAUCGACACGGUCAACAUGUUCGGAGAGCUGUCGUGUGAAGAGUCGGACGCCUUGCUCACGGCCAACACGCUGACGCAGACCGUCGCCUACCUGCACUGCUGCCUGAACCCCAUCCUGUACGCCUUCGUGGGGGUGAAGUUCAGGACCCACUUCAGGAGGAUCGUGCGGGACCUGUGGUGUCUGGGCAAGAGGUACAUUGCUCCACGCCGCUUCUCCAGGACCACCUCCGAUUACUUCAUGUCCACUCGCCGCACGGUGGACGUAGGCAGCGAGAACGGCUCGUCUUUCACCAUGUGAUGACGGCCGGCGAGUUCCCCUUUGGAUCCGUCUGAUGGGGGGCAGAAACUUUGUAGAACUGGAGGACUGCUGGUCUCUGAAAGUCCAGACCUGCUUUAAGCCCGUCAGUCUGUAAACUCAGGCAGGAGGUCUUCAGAGAACUACAAAUGUCUUUAAGUUCAAAUCUUUGUUGAAGGGAUACUUCACCCGUUGAAACAUGAAUCUGUGUUGACAUUGGGUCAUAUAUGUAGAAAUGUGAAAUACAUUUUG